CAGAUGUCCGCCAUGCAAUAAUAUCCAAAACUGAGUGCAAAACCCACUGCCAAUACAGAUGUGACAAGCCUUGAACUACGAGAUGACGCUUCGCCCAACCGCUUCCGACUCGGAUGAUUAGCGAAGUGCCCGGAAAUCGCCCCCUUUCCCAGUAUGCGUUCGGGCUGCUGCAAGCACUUCAUAAUGCGGAGCUCAUAAGUGCAGGCUCUCAUGUUCCCAAGGGUAUUGUGAUCCGGAUGCGCUGCCAUGUGGCCGAUAGCACUAUGAGCGCCAACCUAAUAUGCUUGAGGGCGAAGCCAGUGGCCACAAGUGUCGUCGGAGCAAGCCAGGGUUUCAUGUCUAAGUCAGCUCCGUCCACAUGGAUAGAUCAGGGUGGCACAACGCGAUGUGAGGUUUUGUUUGUGCAUCGGUUUCACCAAGUUCACUUGCGCUAGCGAGUUGCUAUCGGGUUA